AUGGUGAUUAACAAUGGUUCAUUAUACGAUAGUGGUGAUAAUGCAUGGAUGAUGACUUCAACAGCUCUCGUGUUUAUGAUGACACCGGCUUUAGCUUUCUUUUAUGGAGGUUUAGUUCAUCAUAAAAAUAUUUUAAAUCAAUUAUUUUUAUCAAUUAUUUGUAUGGGUAUUGUCCUAUGUCAAUGGAUACUCUUUGGAUUUUCAUUUGCGUUUGGACCAGGUGGUAAUGGUGGCUUCGGUUCAUUUCAAUGGUCUGUAUUAAGAUUUGGAGAAGGAAACAAUACAACUUAUUCACCAACUUAUCCAUUAUUAACAUUUUGCGCCUAUGAAGCUGCUUUUGCCGUUAUUACUCCAGCUUUAAUCAGUGGUAGUAUCGUUGGUCGAAUGAAAUUAAUUCCCUAUAUGGUAUUCAUAUUUCUUUGGACAACGCUUUGUUAUGAUCCAUUGGCUCAUUGGGUAUGGGCUGAAAAUGGUUGGCUAAAAAAAUUAGGUACACUUGAUUUUGCGGGCGGAACGGUGGUACAUAUUUCAAGUGGCGUGAGUGGCUACGUUGCCUCGGCUAUUAUCGGUUAUCGUGUUGAUUUUAAUUCAAAAGAAACUGGUCAUAAUUUACCAUUUACAAUAUUGGGUGCUAGUCUUCUAUGGAUUGGAUGGAUUGGAUUUAAUGCGGGUUCAGCGAAUGCUGCAGACGGACAAGCUGCAUUAGCAAUGAUUAACACUAAUGCUGCAGCUGCUUCUGCUCUGAUGACAUGGGUAGUAAUCGACGCUAUUCGUGGUUCAGUUACAGUUAGUGGUGCAUGCAUUGGCGUGGUAGUAGGUCUUGUUUCUAUUACGCCGGCGUGUGGUUAUGUACAACCUGGUUGGGCCCUUCUCAUUGGUAUCAUUGGCUGUCUAUUUGUAUAUGGUGCGAUUUACUAUAAGCAAUACUUAAAAGUCGAUGAUGCUUUGGAUGUGGCAGUUUGCCAUGGACUUGGUGGUAUAAUAGGAGCAUUUUGUACAGGUGAAUAUUCAUUUAUUUUAUAUGACUUUCGCCUUUUCACCGAAGUGCGUCUAAACCCGAAUGGUGGAGCUAACGGAAUGUUUUAUGGACGACCUAUUCAGUUAUGGUAUCAAGUUGUUGGAAUUUUAACAGCCAUAGGUUUUGCGGCGGCGUGUACUGCCGGUAUAUUAUUACCAAUGAAAUUUAUCUACAAUAUUCGUGUGGCACCUGAAGAUGAACUUACUGGAUUAGAUAGAGCAGAUAUAUUUUUUUUUUCUGUAGCACAUGGUGAAUCUUGGGAAGGAUUUACUUCAUUAGCUGUUUAUAGUUCUGCGAAAAUGAAAGAAGAAAGCACAACGCCCAAUGGUACAUUCGAAAUGCCAUAUCAACCAAAUAAUAUUCGAGAAAAAACUGUAGCCGUAAAAUUAACGGCAAUUAAUCCAUUAGGUCAAUCAUCUGAUAAACAAAUACUAUCAGAAUCAAACAACAACAAUAAUCAUGAUAAAAUUGAAAUAUAUAAACUUUAA